CCCUUCGCCCUCCCCAAUUUCCCUAUUCCUCUCUCUUUUGGGAUCGUUCCUCUUCCUAAAGCCAAAGGAAAGAGCAUUUCGUCGAACAUGUCGGAUGGCGGCGUGGUCAUGGUCUACGGCAACGGCGCCGCCCUGGAGCCGAAGAAGUCCUCCACCUUCUCCGUCAAGGUGGGGCUCGCCCAGAUGCUGCGCGGCGGGGUGAUCAUGGACGUCGUCACCCCCGAGCAGGCCCGCGUCGCCGAGGAGGCAGGUGCCUGCGCCGUCAUGGCGCUGGAGCGCGUGCCGGCCGACAUCCGCUCCCAGGGCGGCGUCGCCCGUAUGUCCGACCCAGGCCUCAUCAAGGAGAUCAAGCGCGCCGUCACCAUCCCCGUCAUGGCCAAGGCCCGCAUCGGGCACUUCGUCGAGGCGCAGAUUUUGGAAGCCAUCGGCGUCGACUACGUGGACGAGAGCGAGGUGCUGACCCCUGCCGACGACCAGAACCACAUCAACAAGCACAACUUCUGCGUGCCCUUCGUGUGCGGCUGCCGCGACCUCGGCGAGGCCCUCCGCCGCAUCCGCGAGGGCGCGGCCAUGAUCCGCACCAAGGGAGAGGCCGGCACCGGGAACAUCAUCGAGGCCGUUCGCCACGUCCGUUCCGUGAUGGGCGAAAUUCGCGCGCUGCGCAACAUGGACGACGAUGAGGUCUUCACCUUCGCCAAGCGCAUCGCUGCCCCUUAUGACCUCGUCAUGCAGACCAAGCAGCUCGGAAGGCUCCCCGUCGUCCACUUCGCCGCCGGCGGAGUGGCCACCCCGGCCGACGCCGCCCUCAUGAUGCAGCUCGGCUGCGAUGGCGUCUUCGUCGGCUCUGGCAUCUUCAAGAGCGGCGAUCCCGCGCAAAGGGCGAGGGCCAUCGUGCAGGCGGUCACCCAUUACAGCGACCCGGAGAUCCUCGCCGAAGUGAGCUCUGGCCUCGGGGAGGCCAUGGUGGGGAUUAAUCUCAGCGACGCCAAGGUCGAGCGAUUUGCCAGCCGCUCGGAGUAGAAGCCAAAAUCGCUCAGGUGAAUCAAUCGCGCGUUUCUCUGCUGAAACCAAUAUAAUAAUUUCCUCAAAUUAAAUUUCAUGCUUUCUCGCACAAACACCUGCAGUCUUUCUUCUGCAUUUAACCCCUUGCAUUCUAGCGGAUCUAUCUGCUACCUGUCUCUCUGGGCUCUAGUUAUGCCCCAAUGUUUACCUCUGUUCUUCUGUAUCUCAUACAGAAUUCUAUGAUCAAGAUGUUUGCUUGGUGGAACAGCUGUUUCCUUGGACUGUAUUUUUCACAUCAUUGAAUGCAGACCUUGAGUGUGUUUUGUUUCA